AUGGGCUUAUCCCCGGCUGGUAAUCAUCAUCGACGGCGGAGUUCGGUGCUGACUAGCACGGGCGGCCCUUCACAAUCAGCUUUGACCGAACCAAGGGAUGACUCUUCCAAGGCGAUUGGCGACAAUAAACGUGAAGAACAAAGACUCUUAACAGCAGAGGAAGCCGACGCAUCCGACCUUUCAUCCAUCGAGGAAAGCGUGGAGAUGGAUUUGAUGAGCUCCGACGAUGAUCUUCACGAUGACGAGGAAACCGGGCUGACAGCAAAACAAAGACGCCAGCGACGACGAAGGCGGAGGCAACGGAGACAGUUGGAUGCUCGAAUCGCAGAUGUCAAGGCAUCCCGACAAGAUUCAGAUUUGGAUGAUACAAGUGUGGCCAGGAGGCUGGUCGGCAAUGCUGCUCUGAUCCUUAUGUGGUACUUGUUUUCAUUGUCGAUCUCGAUCUACAAUAAAUGGAUGUUUUCCGAAGACGAUGUCGUGUUCCCCUUUCCUCUCUUCACCACCAGCUUGCAUAUGGCCGUUCAGUUCACCCUCUCGUCCCUCAUACUCUGGAUCAUUCCGUCUCUUCGCCCCCAAAAUCCGUCAUCAUCUUCUUCAAACCCCGAAUCGCCAGUACGAGAUGAUGAAUCGCUGGAGCACCGCCCGGUGCUCACCAAGCUCUUCUACCUGACUCGCCUUGUUCCCUGUGGUGCAGCAACCUCGCUGGAUAUCGGGUUGGGGAACAUGUCCUUAAAAUUCAUCUCCUUGACAUUUUUAACCAUGUGUAAAUCCUCUGCUCUCGCCUUUGUCCUCCUCUUCGCCUUCAUUUUCGGUCUCGAAAAACCAUCCGUCAAGUUGAUUAUCGUUAUUGCCACCAUGACUGUUGGCGUGGUCAUGAUGGUCGCUGGAGAAACGGCUUUCAACGCAGUGGGCUUUACGUUAGUCAUUGCCUCUGCAUUCUUUUCGGGCUUCAGAUGGGGCUUGACGCAAAUACUCUUACUUCGCCAUCCGGCCACCUCCAAUCCUUUCUCAACUCUCUUUUUCCUUACCCCCGUCAUGUUUUUCUCUCUCAUUUUCAUCGCUUUAGCCAUUGAAGGUCCCAUUCAGAUCUACAAAGGCUUCGAGGCCCUCGCGAAUGCUCACGGAGGGCUAUUUUCCCUUGCACUCUUGAUCUUUCCGGGCGUACUCGCCUUUUGUAUGAUUUCUUCCGAGUUUGCACUCCUCAAGCGCUCCUCUGUCGUCACAUUGAGUAUCUGCGGCAUUUUCAAAGAGGUCGUCACAAUCAGUGUAGCGGGUAUUGUCUUCCAUGACCAGCUCACUCUAAUCAAUCUCAUUGGUUUGGGGGUCACCAUUGGAAGUAUUGGAUCCUACAACUACAUGAAAAUUUCUAAAAUGCGUCGUGAAUCACAGCAAGGCAAGUGGGAGUCGGGCACAGACGGAGAAGAUUCAGACGGCUAUAGCUCUAGAGGGCGCGGUGACUACCAAAGGGUUGCCAACCCGGAGACUACUAUGCUCACCUCGUCUCCGAACCCCCAUGUAGCCGAUAAUGUCAACAUCACUCCAGCAGACGACUUGACUGAUGGCGGUCGACGUUCGUUCCGUGUCCGGGCCAGCGGUGCCAGCAGCAGCACACAUGGGCUUACUAUUUCCACAAACGUGAAUGAUCCGUCUUCAUCGCGGAUAGCGUCUGGUCCAUCCCCUCUUAAGUCUGCCCCUCCUGUCCCUGUGUCAUUCGCAGAAUCCUUGUCCUUUGUUGUAGCGACUGGCAUCACAUAG